GCACCAGAUGGGGGACCUGGUUGCAAUGGAGAAAGUGAUCAGACUGGAGCCCGACGUUGAAGCUGUGGUUGUGGGCUUUGAUCCUCACCUGAGCUUUCCCAAAAUAGUGAGGGCUGUGUCUCACCUCCAGCAUCCAGACUGCCUCUUCAUUGCUACAAAUACGGAUGUGUGGUUUCCCAAGGGAGGCAGUAAUCUUUUGAUCCCAGUUCUAACACAGAUAUUCUUUUUGGGAAGAACAGCAACUUGCAGACAAUGCUAGUACUAACAGGUGUGACAACAAUGGAAGACUUGGAAGAAUAUGCAAGCAGCUUGGAUGAAGAAAAACACAAGCUCUUGCCCGAUUUUUAUUUGCCUAGGCUUGAUGAUAUAAUAAACUUGUUGAGGGAUUUUUAAUAUCAGUUGAAAUCAAGCCUAUUUUUUUUUUAAGCAUGUUAUUUGUUUAUUCAUUUAUUUAUUUUUUUUACAUACAAAGUGUGUCCUUAUUUUUGCCUUUUAAAACAUUUAUGAGCGGUUUUCAAAACAACUAAAGCAAGAUGUAAAUGUCAAGAUAUGUUCAUAUAUUAAACCAAAGCUGGACUGAGCUGAGACGCCCCUUGGAGAUUACUUAGGAGUAAUAUUAACACAUCUCAGUUUUUCUAAAACACUCACAUGUGUGGGAGUACAUUCCUUAGAGCCUAUGGGAUGAGGAAACAGAAUACAGCUGUUCGAGGGACUGUGUUUCAAGUGGUCUGCGAAGUGAUUAUGGUUAUGUUAUUCCUUCUCAAAAUGAAAAUUUCUUUUCUCUCCCUUCUAAUUUUGAGUGAUUCUUCAAAUCUGUUAAUGAUUCUGAUUCUCAAUAAUGUAAACACCCAAGUCUUCCCAAGCAAAGUUAUUGAUUUCUUUGUAAACAUUUAAGGCUGUAAUUGUAUUGUUCUUAACAUUAAAAAAAAAAUAUGCAAGAACAAGGAUAUUAGGAGUGCUGUGAUAUUCUUAUUAGUAUUGUUUUUUAUUCUGCAAAGUUCUUUAAAGUUGAUUUGUCUAUAUACUCAAUAUAUGGGUGUGUUUGGUCCACUUGGAACAGGAGCCUGAGUUGUAUUACUUAACUGGAUCUGAAAAGGAAAGGUGGUAAUAGGUGGAAUUUACUGAAUCCAUUUUCUUUUCUUUCAUAAAUAAUAGCCAGAGUUAAUUGGAUACAUCAUCAUGUAAAUGCAUUAUGUAAUAUUCAUAUAAAAAUGUCACUGA